GGCGGCGUCUACGAGCACCUCGGCGGGGCGCCCCGGCGCCGCAAGCUCUACUGCGCCACCAAGUACCACCUCCAGCUGCACCCGAGCGGCCGCGUCAACGGCAGCCUGGAGAACAGCGCCUACAGUAUCCUGGAGAUUACGGCUGUGGAAGUGGGCGUUGUGGCCAUCAAGGGGCUCUUCUCUGGGCGGUACUUGGCCAUGAACAGGAGGGGACGGCUCUAUGCUUCGGAGCACUACAGCGCCGAGUGCGAGUUUGUGGAGCGGAUCCACGAGCUGGGCUACAACACCUAUGCGUCACGCCUGUACCGCACGGCGCCCAGUGGGCCUGGAGCACGGCGGCAGCCAGGCGCCGAGAGACUCUGGUACGUGUCUGUGAAUGGCAAGGGCCGGCCCCGCAGGGGCUUCAAGACCCGCCGCACACAGAAGUCCUCCCUGUUCCUGCCCCGCGUGCUGGAUCACAGGGACCACGAGCUGGUGCGGCUGCUCCAGAGCAGCCCGGUGCAGGCCCCGGGCAAGAGUGUCCAGCCCCGGCGGCGGCACCACAAGAAGCAGGGCCCGCGGGGCCGCCGGGGCCAGGAGCCCUUGCAUGUUCCGGCCACCACGGGGCUCUGAGCUGGCAGCGGGGACUCUCCAGGCCUGAGCCCCACAAUGCAGCCGUCACUCUGACCCUCGGAGCCUGGGAUUCCCAUCGGGGGCCACGUGGGAGCUGAGGGGCCGCAGCUGAGACCCCACGGAGCACUGCAAGAUGGCAGGGGUCAUGUGGACGAGAGGCCCGGGUUGGCAGAAGACACACCCUGAGGUGCCACCCCAAAUGUCCCAGCAGCUCACAGGGUGGACAGUGACAGUG